AUGGAUGCUCUCGGCAUAAGUGAUCAUCAGCUUAUUUAUGUGGCAAUGCGAUCCGAUCGGGCAAAGAAUACAGCGCGUCACCUGCUCUCUCGUAACCUUAGAUCUAUUCAAUCGUGUGACAUUGAUCUUGAGUUGAGUCGGAUUGACUGGUCACCGCUUUUUGGGGCGACUCAUGUUGAUGGUAUGGUCACCUACUUUACGACGUCACUUAUGACGAUAUUUGAUCGUCUUGCGCCACUUACUGCUAGGCGUAUCUCUCGCCCUCCUGCCCCGUGGCUGAAUACAGCUGUCAGGAGUCUAAUUAAAUUGAAGCGUCGCGCAUUACUUAAAUUUAAGCCUACUAGAUCUCCUAUGGACUGGAAGAGCUACAGAUCACUGCGUAAUGAU